UAUUGAAAACUUCUUUUUGCUGAAAUUUUUAUUUUUUAAAUAUUUCUCCAUAAUUAAUCUUCUAGUUAUUCAAGUAAUAUAUUGCUUAAUUACUUCAUUGAUGCAUUAUUUAAUUAUUUCAUAACAAAAAGUACGCACGCACUUGACACGUGUUAACCUUGAAACCGGUCAAGUCUUAUCGCUUUGAAUAGAACCCGUUCGUCUACGCAAACAGGUGCUGCAUUUUUUAUAUCCAUUCAUUACGAUUCCUUUGUUUAAUUUUAUUUUUUAUGACUCUUUUUUUGUUUCACAUUGCAACAUAAAAACUUUAAGAUGUCUGAUAAUUUAAAAACCCUUAUUAAAAAACGUAGUUCAAUAAAGUCUAAAUUAACAAUAUUUAAUAAUUAUUUAAUGUUAAUAAAAAGCAGUCCCGAAUUAUCAGAGUUACAACGUCUUGACCUCAUGGAACGUUUUCGUAAAUUUGAAAAUUUAUAUAAUGAAUUUGAUGACCUGCAGAAUACGAUUGAACUACUUUCCGAGGAUGCCGAGUCUACGUUUACUGAGCGUGAGGACUUCGACCGUCAGUAUUUCAAUCUGGUGGCACUCACGCGCAGCCUGCUCGGUGCUUCGUCCAACGGUACUGGAUCUGAGGCGGGCUUCAAAGAUGCUGACUCAGCUCUGGUGAACGUGAUCGGCGCGUCGGGUAAAAAGUACACUGCACGUCUACUGCUGGACAACGGUAGCACGGCCAACUUUGUUACGCAGACAUUCUUCGAGAAACUGGGCCAAAUCCAAAUGGUUUAGUUCCAGAGGGGAGGUGAAACCAGGGUCUUUAGUCCUAAUCAAGGACAAAACAACACCACCACUGCUCUGGUCCCUGGGUCGGGUCACACAGACCUUUCCCGGCGUAGACGGAGUCACGCGGGUGGCAGAAAUCAAAACGAAGAGAGGAACAAUUCGUCGCGCUUUCAAUAACAUCUGCCCCCUUCCUGAUCAAGAUUGAAGAGCACUCUUCAACCCGGGGAGUAUGUCGGCGCUUCACAUAUGCCGGCGAAGAGAGAGGCGCGGGGCGCGGGGCGCGGGCUAGCGGCCCGUUGCGCGUGCGCCGCGAUUCACCGGUCACUCAGCGAGCGACAGCCAAUUAGGCGGACACUUUAUCGUCCUUGCGUGCAAUUUGAAUACGCGAAUAAAUUAUUAUAAUACAGUCCAAGUCUUAUUACACCGAAGUCCCGUUAGGGCU